AUGGUGUCUGAGCUAAUAAAUGCUAAUCCGGUCAUCUACGAAAAGAAAGAGCGUCGGGUUCGUAGUGUCCCAACUGCUGCCGCAGAUGAAUAUGCUGUUGAACGCAUUGACCAACAAGAAAUUUUUGAUAUCCUUUCUCUUAAUCUUGUGAGUUUGGUUUCAAAAGAUAUAAAAGACCCGGAACACCCUUACUCAUUGGAGGAGCUCAAAGUAAUUACAGAAGAUGCAAUUGAAGUAGACGAUGGUCGUGGUUACAUCAGGGUCACAUUUACUCCUACCGUCGAACAUUGUAGUAUGGCAACGGUUAUUGGUCUUUGCUUACGCGUUAAACUCUUAAGGAGCCUGCCUUCUCGUUACAAGGUGGAUAUUAGGGUGGCACCAGGAUCUCAUGCAACUGAAGCCGCCGUUAAUAAGCAAUUGAAUGAUAAGGAACGGGUGGCAGCGGCACUGGAAAACACAAACCUUUUGGAUAUGGUUGAUGAAUGCAUUUCUCCUUCAUAUGAGUGA